AUGGACUGUCUCGACGUGGAGCUUCGCCAGGAAAACUGGGAGAACUGCUUUUGUCUCAGAACCGUGGACCCGCGGAAUCCCCUGGAGCCGCCGCACCGGCUGUACUUCAAAGUGCCGAAGCUGGACGACAUCAAGAAGACCCUGCAGGCACAAACCAUGCCGGAAAUCGGCAUUCCGUCUUCGAGUGACAGCGAAAGCAGCAGCAGUAGUUCAGAGGACGAGGAGGAAAUUGUUGCGCGGACGGGUUCGGGGAAGGAAUUAAUGCAAGAAUUUGAGCUGGAAAGGGGUAGCAACCCUCUGCUUGAGGGCGUGCACAGCACAACAACGAACACAGCAGCAGUGUCACCAGCAACUUCCAAAAUAGACAAUCCCAAUAGGAUCAUGAAGUCGGAAGACCUGUAUUUUCUUUCCGCCCGUAAGGUGGAGCUGGAGUUUUUGAAAAGGAACCAGCAAAACCGGGAGAAGACAUUCAAAAACUGGUUGUCCUCCUUCAAGUUGGCCCAUGCGUUUUUCCGCAUGGUGACCCCGAACAAGUUGAACUCCAGCGACUCUCUCAUGUCCGGCGGUUCCAUGUCCGCGUCGACCAACGCCUCCUCCCGUGAUCCGGCGGUUCUCCGAGGGUAUCUCCGGAUUCGCCUCCCACUGUAUGCGGAGGAAGGGCGGAAGUAUUGCGUGUUGCACCCGUCGAUGGGGCUGUUGUGGUACAAGUCACAGGAGGCAUUUGAGCACGGGAAGGUGCAGGGCAACGUUAAUUUGCGGGUCCGGGGGAGGUCGCUGUUUCAGGCAGAGGUCGUGGGGAGAAAUGAAAAUCAGGCAGAAGAUGGUUUUGUUCUCAACAACGAUAAUGUGGCCAUUUUCAACCAAUCUGGAUCAGGUUUCGACCACGACGGAUUAGGCGCGCACGUCGGCGAGGAAAGUCAGACGUUGCACCGUCCGCCCGACACCCCCCUGUCGGACCAGUUCGUCCGCAAUGCGGCGACAGUGACCACAACUGGAAAUGCGAGGGGAAGUGCGGCGGAGGCGGGUGCACCGGCGGACAGAGCAUCUGGAAGAAAUAGAGGUGAUGAGCGGGUUUCGUACAACUCCAGAGGAAGCAACAACGCAUCCGUGUUCGAGCAGGCGAAAACCAAGGAGAAUGAAGACGACAUGCUUUUGGCUUUGAACACGAUUCUCACCCUGGAAGAACAGCCGAACGGCCUCACCGCCCACGACUUGCAAGACCUCCACAAGAAAAACAACGCGACGGACGCGGUUUUGAGUCUCGGAUUGGCGAAUUUAGAGGAGAAUAAUGGCCGCGACCGACGGCAAAGCAGUAGCAGUGCCGGUAGAAGUUCGAAGAACCAAGAACUCUUGGAGCAACUGCGGAACAGUCCUGGAGUGGCCGCGGUGGAGAAGAGGCUGUUUGUGCGGAAGAAGUUCGAUACGCCGCCGCCGAGUCCGCGACUGGGCGGGAAGAAUUUGAAAAUCAACCGCAGUGAAGCGUUCAAGAACCGGAAUAAGCAAAACCAAAAUUAUCCUCAACCGGCGGCGCAACCAGCACAACUUACUCAGUACACCAGAGUGAGUGCUGGAUCGGCAGGCGGUGUUGGUGGUGUCGUUCCCAGUCUCUCCGAGGGGUUGCACAAGAUGUUUAUGCUGGAAUCCUCGCAGCACAACGCAGGAAACAAUUCGGACUCCAGCUCCGUUUUGACUUCCGACGAGCAAAGCAAUGUCAAGAACGGAUUGUUUGUUUCAUCGCAAGUAGAGAUCAGUGCAAAAAACCUGCAGUCUUUACCGCGGUCGUCGCUCUCGGGUCUCGACGCGCAUGACCGGAAUGUAUCGUCUAAUAAAGACAGAUAUCAAAUGUAAAAAUGUCUGGGUCUGGAAGAAUGCAUGUUUGUCAUGCUUGUCUGGCAUGACUCUUAAAUCUGUCAUGCACGUUAUUCAAGAGCUCAGUUUUUCUAUGAUGCAGGAACGCAGUUUGUCAUGCAGAAUAGGCAACACCUAGAAGCUCAGAAACUUGUCAUGCUGAGCCAGCAUUUGUGGCCUCAUGAUGAGACGCCACCCAGCAUCACAAGUUUCCAGACCCAGACAUUUUUACAUUUGAUAACAGAACGGACGGGAAAACGCAUUUGCAGAAGGACAAUGUGUCGGAGAUUGACGAAGCCAUGCAGAAGAAGUUCCUCGUAUUGAGAGGAAAAAUCCCCCCGCCCCAUAUUGAGAAGGCAUGUUUCCGAAAAUUUGUGUUGCUGAUUUGAGGUCACAAAUCACAUCUGUUUUGCAAUAAGGCAAGGGCAGAAGCUUCCGCCCCAUUAUGGAAGCGAUUUGUCAUGCUGCUGGGCCUAAAGGGGAGCCGCUUGCCAUGCUGAACAACUAGACGCAUACGCCCCUACCUAGCCUGGGGACCCGGCAGCAAUGCUUUCCUGCAAUACAAAGCUGAUUUGUGUACUCAAAUCCAGCAUCAGAAAUUUCGUUUUGAUAUGGGGAGGGGGGAUUUUUCAUUUUGAUACCUCGAGCACGCCCGGGAGCUCUACCUCUUCCGGUGGGGCUACAUCGAGCAGGCGAUCUUCCUGAAGAAUCCCAACCAGGGGGCGGUCUUCUACGUGUCGGUGUCUAGCGGCGAGGCCGGUUCUUCGCGGAAGAUCGUGCCGGGCUUUAUCCUUACUGCGGAGCGGAGGCACGGGGGUUUCAAGCAGUGGGCGGACCGGCUGGCGCUGAUUUACGGCAUUCCUUUCAGCUUUUACACGGACAGAUUCUCCACAAGCGAUUACGACUUUUUCGCUCCGUUAGGAAGAGAUCAGGAUCUUCACCAGAUCGGUGGCCAAGAUGAAUCCGCUGGCCAAGCUGAUAAAAAUCCUCUCACCCCAGAACAAGAAGCGCAGCAGAAUUCCUACAUUGCGAAGCUCACCGCCACGUUGAACGGUCUCCGGUCGGACACGAACGUGAACGCGAAGCCCGACGGGAGUAACCUGAUUCCGUACCUCCCGGAAAAUCUCCGACUGCAGCGAAAAAAGCAGCAGGACAAAAUUCUGCAGCUGGCGGGUCAAAACAACAGCAAGUCGCAACAGCUCAGCGACUACUUUGUCGGAGAUCAACACGGGCUACUGCAGGCGCAGGACGCUUUGGAAGUCAACGUGGACAAAAGGAUGGAGAAGUGGUCGGAGUUGCGGGAUCCGGUCAUGUCAACUUCCAACGUGAAAUCCGACAACUCCGCCCAGCAAAUGGAAAUUUCUCUAGACAGGCCGAAGGUGGAAGUCGUAUCCGAUACUCUUCUCGGCGCCACGGGGCAGAAGGUGCGCAGGCCAGUGGAAGUGGUGAACUUAGACUCCGCUUUUUCGAAUAAGUUGUCCAUCGCGCACGCAAACCUGGCGAAGUCCCGGUUCACCGUCGUCGGCUCCGCGAAAAAUGUGUCAACCAUCAAUAAGGAAAUCUUCGCAAUUGGGGCUUCCUCCAGCUUGACUGACGGAAAACUGCAGCAAAACAUGAUCAUCAACCCGAUGCAGAAACUAUUUCCGGAAAUCAGCCAGCCGCUCCGGGACAAGGAAAACGUGAAGAUUUUGUUCGCGGGGCGGUUAUUCCAGCGCAACCACAUAUGGAAGCGUCAGGAUUGAAAUCGUCAGAGUUGAAAUAAUUUGUGAUGCAUAAAACAGAUACCAGUCGGAAGCCCAAUUUCCAAGCGGUGCAUGACAAAUUUUCCGAGCACCGGAAUCCAAUUUGCCAUGCUGUUUGGGCACAAGCGACUACUUUUGUCGUGCUACUUUAGCAGCUCUAUUUCAAACCCUAAACAGGCUGACAGUCGGCCUCACUUGCCAUCCCGGCAAGACAGGCGCUUCAUGCCUUGCAUUUUAUGCAUGGCAAAUCAUUUCAACUUUGUCGAUUUUAAUCCUGACGCCUCCAUACCACACGCAGUGGGCGGAACUGACGGACAUGGUACAGCCUCUGUUGGAAUUUGCGUACUUACACGCACUAUCAAACGUAAAAAUGUCUGGGUCUGGAAGAUUGCAACUUGUCAUGCUAAAUCUGCAGCAUGCAAAAAUCUGUGCUGCGUGAUUACCAAAAGUCGUCCAGUUUUGACCAAGUUGGGAGGUAGUUUCUCAUGCAGGAUAGGCAUUAGAAAGGUCUCGCAGAAUGUGUCAUGCUAGGUCCUGCAUUCCAGACCUCAUGGGUCAUGGAAAAGCAGCAUGACAAAUCGCGCAUAAUUCCAGACCCAGACAUUUUUGCAUUUGAUACGCACGACGGGCGAUGGACUUGGUUCAUCACGCGGACAAAACGACGCAAUUUGCGCAUGGGAAAAAGUAUACAACUUCCGCAGAAGGUGGAUCAUCCUUACACGGUCGCGAUAGCAAGGGGACGAACAACGAAUCUGGCAUGAAUAAACCCGGCGGCGCUUCUGCCGCCGCUGCGGCGCCGACGCUCGCAACGUUGGGCGUGACGCACAACAAGAUCGUCACCACGGCUGCUUUACUGGAGCAGGCGAAGAGCUUUAUCGCCGACGAAUACGAUUUCGAUCCGUACCUGUUUGAAGAAGCGAAGUGGCUGCGAUCCCUGUUGCCGGUCCAUCUGUCAGGAAAGAAAGCGAUCAUCGCGGGGAGCAAUGUGAGCGGCGGUGGGGCGGGAAAUGCGAGUGGUGCGGGAAAUGCGGACAACUACAAGGCUGGUCGUGACAACAGUUCAUCUGGUACUAAGUCUGGGCAACAGUCAACAUCUCGAGCCUCCGCUCUGCUGAACGCGGAAUCCGAGUCGGUGAACCAAUCGCAUCACUCCCGGUUUUUCCGCCGGCACUUCAACACCCGCACGAAAGAUUACAUCAAGGGAUCGAACGUCGGGUUCUUCGGUUCCGCGGAGGAACUGAUUCUCCGCGAGAUGGCCGCAAGUGUGGUGAAAAAUGGGACGACGUUGACGUCAAACAAGAAGUAUUCCCCGCAGAUCCUUCCGGACAAGUACGAGACCCGAAACGUAUCGGACAAAAUCAUGCAGAAGCGCGGGUCUUCCUACUACGAGUCCCGCGAGGCGUACGAGAAUGCGAUGGAGGAUUUGCGGGAAAGCCGCCGGAUGAACAGCAUGACGAACGCUGUGUCAUUGACCGGCGCGUUAUCUACUUCGCCGGUGGACGACAGAAGUUGUACAACAACUUCUGCGCCAGUACUCGACGCGGCCAUGACCAUAUUGCAGUGAAAAGUGCCCCCCACCCCUAAAUUGCAAAAAUUUGUGAUGCGAAGUUUCCAAAUGAAAACUUUUUGUCAUGCAUGAAAGGAGUAUGAAUCUUUCUGAUGCAGAAUGUAGGCGUGUAUCGCAUAGCUUGCAUGGCAAGUGCCGCUCUUGCUGGGGUCUUUUGCAAUACAAAUUUUUGCUAUUCACGAUUGAAAACCUGUGAUGCUGAUAGAUGCAAGAGGGCGAGUGUUUCAUUUGGAAAGGUUUGCAAUACAAAUGCUUUCAAGUUCGGGGGUGGGGGUAUUUUUCAUUGUAAUAGACCACAACAAUCACCUUCCCGCCCGCGUUCUACCACAGCUACACGCACCAGUUAUCAAAUGUAAAAAUGUCUGGUUCUGGAAGAGUGCAAGUUUGUCAUGCUUGUCUGGCAUGACUCUUAAAUCUGUCAUGCACAUUACCAAAGAGCCAUACUUUUCUGUCAUGCAGAAACGUAGUUUGUCAUGCAGAAUAGGCAACACCUAGAAGCUCAGAAACUUGUCAUGCUGAGCCAGCAAUUGUCGCCUCCUCAUGAUACGCCACACAGCAUCACAAGUUUCCAGACCCAGACACUUUUACAUUUGAUACCAGUAUCUGAACUACAACAAAGCCGCUUCCGAUUCCGCCCAGGGGAACUUCAACGACGACGAUUUUCUGACCACGAUGGCGCGGUUUGAGUUGUUAUUGAGAAGAAAAACCCCCCCUCCCCAUAUUGAAAAGGUAUGUUUGCAAAAAUUUGUGUUGCGGAUUUGAGGUCACAAAUCGCAUCUGUCUUGCAAGAAGACAAGGGCAGAAGCGUCCGCCCCAUAAUUAUGGAAGCGAUUUGUCAUGCUGUUGGGCCUAAAGGGGGGCCGUUUGCCAUGCUGAACUAGACCCAUACGCCCCUACCUAGCCUGGGGAUCUGGCCGCAGUGCCUCUCUGCAAUACAGAGCUGAUUUGCGGCCACAAAUCAGCAUCACAAAUUUCCGGUUUGAUAUGGGGAGGGGGGAUUUUUCAUUUUGAUAGUUGUCGGAGAAAAUUCUCCGGGAAAAAUUCGCCGAGAAGAUGAAACUCUGUCGCCAGGAAGCGGCGACUCAUUUGAUCGAAAAUGAAGGCGCCGCGGUGGGUGCUACUGGCACCACCGCAACAGCUUCUGGUCAGCUUCUGCAAAAGAAACAACGACAAGGCCAAGAGGACAAACACGACAGCAACCAGUCGAACAAACAGCUGGCGUCCAUGUCGAUUCCGGAAAUCCCCAAUGACUGCACCACGCGGAUCGCCGCCAACUCCGACCGCGAAGGGAAAACGAACAACCGAAGGUACUUCGAACUGGUCGAAAAAUCUUUGUCGCUGCACCACAAGGAGCUGGUCCUGCAGAUUUACUCCGGGGAGAUCCGGGACUACGGGGCCGAGGUGCCGGUAACUUGCACGAAAGACAUCUUCUUGAAGGACAUUCGCCGGAUCGAGGUGGUGCGGAAAUUGAGGCGCGGGAGCCGGUUGUGGAACCUGAUCCGGUCCCUGGUGGACGUGGCGAAUGACGACCACACCAGCUGGAACAAAAUUCUCUUCGGCGCACCCGCCGAUUUCAUCCAGGACAAAGCUAUUGCACAAACGAAUUACAACAGCAAGAACACGACAGCGUCGACGACGCCAGGCGGCAAUGUGAGCAAGUCCGGAGUACUAUCUUCAUCCGCACAAAAAAAUGCAGCGGGCGCAUCAAAAGCUGUUGUUCCGGGCCAGAGUACGCCGGACCAGGAGAACGAAAAAUCCGUCGCGGGAAAGAACUUGAGCCACUUGAUUCUGGGGUUGAAGCCGAUAGUUGUUGUACAACAGCAACAGCAGAUGACAUCAAACAACAAUUCUUUCACCAAGAACCUCCAAACCAGUUCUGCAGCUGCGAGGUACUACAGAGAAGAACCCAAAAAGCCGGGUUUGAUGAAGGUGGAAAUGGAUAUUUACGAGAUUUCGUCCUUGAUCCUCCCGGUUCUGCUCCCGAUCUUCAAUUCCUCCACGAAAAAGAACAACAAGCUGGACCUUCUCGUCAUCAUUUUAACGAGUGAGGGGAAGGUUUUCCAAACCCCGCUGCUCGGGGGGUACGGGUCGAACCGCACGAUGGCGAACCAAAAGGCGUGCAGCUACGGCGGGUACCACGGGAAGUGCAUGAACGCGAAGCUGUCCGUCGAGUUUUCGCACGAGGACGUGUCCUUCGAGAUCUUUUUGUCCACGAAAAUGUGCCCCCAGUUCGAGGAAAUCGCUGGGCUGACGGUCGGGGGAAACAUCAUCGGGAACAGCACGACCACCGCGACCACCGCGGCGGCUGCAACCGGGACCAGUUCUGCCUCCGCGAAAGACGCGGUCAAGCUCUUGGUCGAGGAGAAACAAGCGCAGUUUUUGCAGCAGAUCAGCGAAAAACGGGCUUUCCUGUUCGACAACAGCAUUGCGUCGAGUGCGAAAAUCAUGAAUCUGCAGGAGCUGGCGAAUAGCAUGACAAAGCUGGGGGACCGGUCACAUCUGUACAACAGUUUGCAGCUGUCAAAGGACGUGUAUUUGUCCCUGAAAUUCGACGUGGAGAAGCUCGCCUGCUUUUUGACCGGCAAACCGGUUGCGGUGGCGAACGCUGCGACUACAUCUGCAACUACGUCCGGCGGUUUGGACGUCGAUGGAACAACUGGAAUCAGUGUGAGGAUGAGCAGUAGAGAGAACAAUCCAGACGACAAGCAGAAUUCCAGUCCCGGUUCGACGCUGAACAAAGACGCGGGUAGUUCUUACGGUUCUACUAUGCAUUGCAAAUAUGUCUGGGUCUGGAAGGAUGUAGCUUGUCAUGCUAGAUCUGGAUCAUGCAAAAAUUUGUGUUGCAUGAUUGCCAACAGCGGUCCAUUUUUGACCACCUUGGGAGUGAGUUUCUCAUGCAGGAUAGGCAUGAUACAGAUCUCACAGAAUCUGUGAUGCUAGAUCCUGCAUUCCAGACCUCAUGUGUCAUGUUGAACCUGUUUGCAAGCUUCCAGACCCAGGCAUAUUUGCACGUGAUAUCUACUUCCCAGUUCCCGGCUUCUGUCCUCGAGAAGCUGCCGUCCAACACCCAUUUGGGCGCGAAGCUGACCUGGCGCAAUUUGAAGAUCGCGGCGAGGAACCGGGGCCGCACGCAGUUGGUCCGCGCGGUGUUGCACGCGAGCCGCGGGUGCGUCCUGACGGUGGGGGUGAACGAGAGGAAGAAGGAAGUGCAAUUAUUGCAGUCCAUCAACACCGCGAUGAAGAAAGUUUUCGUUGGAAAAGAAAACUCAUCUUCUUCGCAGAUGUCGAGUCCGGCGGGUGGGAACAAUGCGGAAGCUGCAAGUGGCACCACGACCUCGCGUGGAGCAGGGAAAAAUCUAGCCGCAGGUGGUAAUAGCUCUUUCGAGAGGGAAAGCAAAGGCGCGGAACUGCUGGGGAGCAUGUUCUAUCCAGAAGAUGACACCAACAGUGUGGAUAGUCUGCAACUUGAACAGGACUUGGCUUAUUUUCACGAACAACCGGUGGGGUCAUCUGACUCUGAGGAGGUAGAGGAACAGGAAAUUCACCUUGGGACGUAUUUCGAUGAAAACGAUGCUGUUUUUGUGGAGGAUACUGCAAUCGACGCAGACGGCGCUUUCUUGCACGAAGACUCCGCUGUUUUGACAGACGAGUCGGUCGGUGAAUUCCGCAUGGUGCAGCACAACCACGAGUAUGACCAUAAUGAUAAGACAACUGGAAGAACAAGCGGAAGAGUGUUGAUGAACGCAGGAGUUGUAAAUGAGCAGACCUCGUCCUCGUCGACGGAAGUUCCGCAUCAAUUCCGGUUCUUCUCGUCUACGACCGGAGAUCAUUUUGAAUCUGCUACACAACAAGAAGAACAACGAAACCUCGACUUUGUCACGACCUCAGAGCUACAACUAGAAGUGGUAGACCACGACGAGCUCGAACUGGCCUCCUGUCUCGCGGACUCGGACGUGGAGGAGGAAUUCACGAAAAACGAGAAGCCGUUCUACUUCAUGUCGGACCUCCACAACGGCAACUCCUCAAACGAAUCUGACAUGGAUCUGAUGGAGGUGCCGGAGGAGGGCAAUAACAAUAUCCGUAACAACAUCCGGGGCACGCGCGCCAAGCACAAGAAGGGCAUGAAGCCCCACCAGGGCGACCGGCCCGCGUCGAGUAUUCGCGAAACCACGCCUUCUGUGGUGAGUGGCAGAGAAAGUGGGUCAAAAACGUCGCUGGGUACUACGACACAGCGGGGUCGAAGUUCUACUGCAGGGGGAGCUCUUGUGGACCAGACGAAGCAAUCUCUGAAAUCCUCCGUCCUCGUUCGGGAUGUGGUAGAGGAACAGACGGCGAGAAAUACGAAACCUGGAGGUGCUUCUAGUAGUACAGGUGCACAGAGAUUAUAUCCUCGCGCAGCAGGAGGAGUUGGAGUAGCCCGUGGUUCCGCGGCAGAGCAAGUACAAAGGCAGCAGGGAAGUAGUGCUAGCAAGGGCUCUACUACUUCCGUAGUACGAGAACUUCUGAGGGACACGACCCAGCAAGGGUCCGCGGAAUUAUUAGACUCGGCUGAGGAGGAUGAGAAUGCACAAGAUCUUCUUGCGGUCGACGAGCCAGACCAAGUCGAUCCGAACGAGGAAAAGUUUCUCGACGAAGACGACGAGGAUGCUGAAGAAGAGGAAAACUUCCAGCCCGCCUUCCGGGUCUCUUCCGCGCCCGUUCACGCGCCGCUGUCGAUGCAGCAGCAGUUCGAGCAGCGGCGGAAAAAACGGGAGUUCCAGAUGAAACCGGGCAAGGUGAUGACGGACGAGUCCAUCGACGACUUCAUCGAUUUCCAGUACGAAAACAACGCCCGCACGCGGUACGUGCGCGCCAUCGCGGAGGGCUCGCCGGAGAAGGCGGUGAAAAAAGCGACCACCAUGCGGGAGCGGUCCGGGAAGUUGUUGUGGAGCGUGCGGCAAAAACACAAGGAGUUUCACAGCGGAAACAUGUACCUGGCGCUGGAGGACAUGCUGGGGCCGGAAAACGUCCUGAAGUUGAAGUACGGGAAACAGGAAAUAGCGUCGUCACAGUUUGGAAGUGGUGGAAAUAAAGAAAUAGGAACAACUACAAGUGUGGAGGAGUUAUUGAAGGACGAAGAUUCCUCUGAUCUCUCAAACUUCGAGGAACGUCCGGAAGGCUCCGGUCGCGGUGCUUUCGACGAUAUGGACGAAGACGACGAGACCAUCGAGGAGUUGGCGAAAAUCACGGAGGAGCAGAAGGCGGCUAUCAACCAGCGCGUGAGUCUCCUGGUCACGAAAAAGAUCAUCACCCAACUGCCGACCCACCUGUUCGCCGAGGGCAAGGUGUCCAGCAAGAACGCCGCGGCCCUGACAAAACUUGGCGAACAGAAAACCGCCCGGGAGAUCUGGCGCGACGAGGUGGCGGACCGGCUGCGCGAGGAGAGUUUGGUGAAACAGCGCGAGCUGGCGAAAAGCCGGCGGGAAAGGAUGCGGCGAAAGAAGCUCGCCGAGGAGAAGGAAGCGGAAAAGGACUUGGCUGGUGCUGAUUCUAAUACGCAAGGGUCGACGUCUUCACCAGCCGAUAAGAUGAAGGCGAUGCGUGCGAGCAAGUUCGCCGAGAAGCACCGGGAGGAAGUAUUACAAUGAAAAAUGCCCCGACCCCCGAACUUGAAAGCAUUUGUAUUGCAAACCUUUCCAAAUGAAACAUUCGCACUCUUGCAUGUAUCGGCAUCACAGAUUUCCGAUCGUGAAGAGCAAAAAUUUGCAUUGCAAAAGAUCACAGCAAGAGCGGUGCUUGUCAUGCAAGCGAUGCGAAACACGACGAGACUCUACAUCAGAAAGAUUCAUACGCCUUUCAUGCAUGACAAAAAGUUUUCAUUGGGAAACUUCGCAUCACAAAUUUUUGCAAUUUCAGGGGUGGGGGGCACUUUUCACUGCAAUAAGAGGCGAGCCGGGAGCGGCUGAAGACCGACCACGAGAUCUGGGAGCGCACGGGCGGCGAUUUCUCCACCACCAACGAGUCGCACGAGCGGGAUUCGCAAAUGCAGAAGCAGGCCGAGAUGAUCACGAAAAUGAAGAGUCUCUCGAGCAGCACGAAAAACGGGCUGUUUUCCAGUCCGACCGGCCUGUUCGCCUCCGCGGCGCACGAGGAAGCCGCGCGAGUGGCUGCGGCGUCUGUUGAUUCAAAAGCUUUUGGUGCUGUCACGUCCUCCUCCCCCGGGGACAAUGAUAAUUUCUACUCUAAUCAAAGUAGCAAGUUGCCGAGUUUGGACCUGCUGUUGGAAGAUUUUGACGUUUUGGAGCUUCUUCUCGUCGUCGGCAGUAACGUGAACGGCAAGAAGGAGAAGGUGGUCGGGUUGGUCGGGCAGAACCUGCAGGAUUGGCUCGUGGCGAUCAGGAAAUACAGCCCGGACACGGCCAUUGUGGAGAAAUUCAUCUUUCCCGCAAUGUCAAGAUCCGCCGACGAAGCGAGGGAGCAGAGAAAGCACGCCAGGAGCGGGCAAUGAGAUUUUGGUUAGUAUGAAAGCACUGGUGUAGCCGAAGAUCAUAAAAGCGUUUCGAUUUCUUUGAUCGUAGUUUUUCAAAAUGUCAAAAAGAUGGGCCCACCUACCUUUUUCUGGCCCACUUUUAUUUCUAAGGUUUCCAAUUUCGUUCGUCCGUUACUUUUGCUUUUCUUCAUUUUGAUUGAUAGCACAAGCAAGUACUUCAAUCGAAUUUUGAUGUUGAAAAUGCUUUUUUGGUGUUUGUUUCGAUCAUCCUUCACUGAAGUUCCACCACAGGAGCCUCACCAUU